CGCUUUGCACUCUCGUGAACUCGUGAGUAUCAGAUGCAGUACCCCAACCCGCCGGUAAAGCAUUACACCGCUCUAUAGUUCACCUCCUCUAAAGUCAAUAUUGACUCCACGUCCGGCGCACUAGAUUCCGCGCCGUGUUUUGCGCGGAGCUGGCGUGCUGCUCGCAGGCUGGUGGCUGCUCUUCGCUCGGCUGUUGUCCUGAUAUCACUCCGCUAGCAUGGAGGAGGGGAGAGCUUGAUUAUUGUGAUGGUGGCAGCUGCUGUACACAGCGACUUUAGGAUUUCCUCUCCAGCCAUCGGGACUUUAAGAAACUGCACACCUUGUUCGCGCUCGGGGAGGGUUUCGCCGGCCAAACUAAUGAAAUGCAAGUUCACGAAACAACUCCGGAGCCUGUUCGCAGCAGACGGCAAAACUUUUUUCAAAAGGACAACACAAUAAAACGACGGGCGCGCAGCAGCGGCGCUUACGCGUGAUGGUUGCGAGUAACAUCCGGAUGUUUGAUGGAGCUCCAGUAGAGGCGAGAGAGUAACAGACCCGGUCCCGCACUGUUGUCUAUUGAAUGGUUGACACGGCGAUCCUCCCGGAGGAGGGAUUUACUCUCAUUUAAACGCUUCUUUCUCCACAAUUUCACUGUAUCUGCCUCCCUGGCGAAGCGGACUUCUGCCCCGCUUUGGAGAGGGGAGAGAGAGAGAGUCAGGGGGGCUUGACAAAGUUCUUCCCGAAUCACAGAUGAUGGGGGAUUUUGCCAGCCCCGCUGCCGUACCGACCGGCGGCGGCAUUUGCAUUAAUAACAGUAACGUGAACUUAAACUCUGCCAUUAAUGCAACCAACAGCAGCACCGGCGGCGGCGGUGGUAACGUGGGCAUACCGAAGCACAGCACGGUGGUGGAGCGGCUGCGGCAGCGGAUCGAGGGCUGCCGGCGGCACCACGUCAACUGCGAGGGCAGAUACCAUCAAGCGCACGCCGAGCAGCUGGAGCUGGACCGCCGGGAGACGUUGAGUCUGUACCAGCGGAGUUUAGAGCAGCGGGCCAAAAAAUCCAGCAACAGCAAACAGCAGAGCAAGCAACAAGAGCCCGAUUCGAGCGCGAGCGCCGAGCAGAGGAGCAGCACUCUGAUCGCGGUGAGUUCCGCGCUCCGUUAUAACCUCCAGGAGACAGUGAAGAGGAAAUUGGACAGUGCCCGGUCUCCUUUAAAUGGUGACCAAAAUGGCCUCAGUGAUAAUAGUUAUUCUCCCACUACAAAGAGUCUCCGUAAGGAAGGAUGCACUGGAAUGGACUCUCUUGGUAGCCUCCCGCCCAUUUCCCCACUUCAUCCAAUGGACAUCAAACCCACCUUGCCCUCGGGCAACAACAGUGCCUCCUCAAACAACGGAACCGGCAAUGGCAAUGCUGGUACAAACCAUAUUACAGGACGACCUGAGGAUUUAGGCAAAAAUGGUGGCAUGCCUGAUAUUAAACUGAAUGGUUCAUUGGAGUUGGAAGAUGGCUUUAGCCUACUAAAGGACAUGAAACAAGAGCCUUUGGAUGACGGCAGUGGAAUUGAGUCCUCUGAAACUUCGCUUUCAAAUCAGAACAAGCUAUUCUCUGACAUCAAUCUGAAUGACCAGGAAUGGCAGGAACUGAUUGAUGAGCUGGCCAACACAGUGCCUGAGGACGACAUGCACGACCUCUUCAAUGAGGACUUUGAAGAGAAAAAGGAAGUGAGUGACUUCACACGGGCCACAACAGAACAAACGCAGCUUGCACAAGACCCAGCACCUAACUCUGUAGCUACGGCACCCAACAGUACACCGCUACCGCAAAGUGGACAGAUGUCCAUGGGGUCACCUCAGGUGCGACCAUCUUCCUCUGGUCCCCCGUUUGCAACUGCUGCCAAUGGGACACCACCCCAGCAACCAUUGCAGCAGUCACCAGCAGUUGGAAUGCCAUCAGGAUCGCCUGCUAACUGUGUGGCACGUUCUCCGCAAACUCCCACCCAAGCGCAGACCCAGGCCUCAAGGCCCGGGAAUGGAUUUAUGAUGAAUGCAGGUCCUGGCGUUGACCCCAUGGCAUCAACUCCAGUAACAGGAGGUGGUCCUGGUUCAGGGGGAACAGGAGGAGGUGUACCUGUCCCACCCACCUCUGAACUUUCACCGGCCGAGCAGCUGAAGCAAAUGGCUGCCCAGCAGCAGCAACGUGCCAAACUUGUCCAACAAAAACACCAACAACAGUCCCAGGCAGCAAACUGGUCACCUGCAGGAGCACCAACAAGCCCAUACAGUGGACCCUUUAACCCAGACAAACCAAAUAGCCCCAUGAUGUAUACGCAGGCUUUCAGUGCUGGCAACACAAUGGGGCCAAAAACACCAAGCAUGAACAACUACCUCCCACAGAACCACAUGAACAUGCUCAACCAGCAACAGCAGCAGCAGCAACCUAAUAACUUGGCUGCCCAAAACAACCUCAAUAAGCAGCUUUCUUAUAGCAACACCAAGCCACUGACUCAUUUCAGUGGAGUAGACCACAUGAGUCAGCGGAUGACGCCGCCCAUGGCCAAUCAAGCCAAAAACCCGAUGAUGCCCUACAUGCAGGGCACCGGGGGUGGGCCACCACAAGCUCCAGGUCCAAUGCCCAACCAGUCAGCCCAUUUAAGUGAAGAACAGAAGAGGAUGAUGAUGUUAAAGCAAAAAGCGCUGAGUCAAGGCAUGCCAUAUGGCUCUAUGCAGCAGCAUGUACAGGAAGGUGUGGUUGGUCUGCCGCGACAGGCUGGUGGAGUCCAGCCACCUCACGGAGGACCAGGGGGUGUGACCUCAUCAGGGCCUAAUGGGGCGGGGCCUGGCGGCUAUCUGCCCAAUCCACAGCAGCAACAGCAGGCGGCCAUGAUGAAGCAGAUGAUGGCUAUGGAGCAGGAAAAGAGGGUCCAGCUCCAUCUGAUGGAGCAGCAGAAAGCACAGCUAAUGAGAGAACAGAGACAACAGCAACAGCAGCAGCACAUGCUGGCAGAACAGUUACAACAACAGCAGCAUCUCCCCAGACAGAUGAGUCAGGCACAGAGGAAUCCAUACCCGCUCCAGCAGUUUCAAGGCACGCCCCAGGAGAUGGCAGCAAGGAACCAGACACUGCAGAACAUGCGCAACGCUCGACUUCUGCAGCAGCAACAGAACCCCGGGAUACUGCAGAUGACGCCCGUCCAGAACUCGGGUGGCAUACCUUCGCAGGGUGACAUGAGUAUGGCAUACGGAGGCCAGGCAGGUACACAGACUGGGAUGUACCAAGGGAUGAACCCAAAUAUGGGCCAAAUGCUCCAGCAGCAACAGCAGCACCAUCCCAACCAGCCCGGCAUGGUGAUGGCACAGAGACAAGCGGGCGCCGGCGGGCAAGGGAUGGUCGGGGGAGGCGCCGGAGGCGGGUAUGGGCAGGGAAUGCUAAUGAACCCGUCACUCCCGCAGCAGCAAAUAAAAUCAGCCAUUGUUGCCCCUGGUGGGCAGCCGAUGGCCAAAGUUCAGAGACUGCAAAGCAUGAUGGGAGGCGGGGGCCAGACGUGGCCGCAGCAGCAGCAAAACAUACAAGCCAUGGGCGGAAGGACUUCAAACGACAUGGUGGUGUUUAACAGUAACCCUGCAUACGCCAUGCAAGGUGGCCAGGCUCCUAGAAUGGCCAAGCAGCAUUUCACACAAGCGAUGGGUGGACAGACUAUUGUGGACCCUCGUUCGAUAAACCCAGCAGCAAUGGGUGGGCCGAUGAUGCCGCACAUGGCAGGGCAACCAAGGACCAACCAGCCGCGGGGAAUGGUGAUGCCAGGCAUGAACCAGGGUGUGCCCAACAUGGCCGCUUUCGGACAGGGCCCUGCUCAGGGCAUGCCGGGAGCAUCGGGAGGGGGUGGGCCGUACAUGCCAGGGGGUCAGCCUCAGGGCUACCAGAGGACGUCCAGUCAGGACCUGGCGUACGGUUAUGGCAGCCAAUCAGGGGCUGGGGCCGGGGUUUCAUUCGGCUUGUCAGAUGGGACUGAUUUGGAUUCGACGGAAAGUUGGAUGGAAGAGUUUUUCCCCAGCCAAUAGCGUAAGUUUUUUUUUUAAACAGGACAAUUUUAUGGAAAAUGUGAUUUUAAUGUUUUUUUUUAAUUACAUGGUCGAAAAAAUCUAAGAAAUAUAUUACAUGUUGUGUAUUA